AUGGGCUGCCCGCUGAGCCCUCGCGAUGUCGAGUCCCACCGGAAGAAUAAGCCCUCUGCAUGGCGCGACUGGGCCACGGUAGUGAUGUGGAGUGUAGUGGGUUAUUUGUGUAUUAUUUCGAUGGUGGUCACCUACUUCAGCCCGUCUAUUUUGCCUCUCGACCUUUUUGCAUUGCUGUUUCACAAGGAAGUGUCCCCGUUCUUUGCUUUUUCGCAUGGAUCGGGCCAUUUCCCUAAGCCAUCGGGCUUCAAGAUCGUUGCGCUGGUCCCCUUUAACCACCAUGAACGCACAGCUAUCCUGGACUGCUACUUGCAGAAAAACUUGGUUCACAAUCAUGGGUUCCUCGACGAAGUAGUCUUUGUUCCCCAAACCGAGGACACGGCCAGCUUGGACUGGCUCAUGUCUCUCGUCGACCAGACGCCGGAAUAUAUCAUGUCUGGGUCAGGCACCGAGAGAGACUGGAAUGUUGCCGAGGACAACGUGAUGUAUAUCCGAAUCGACGGAGAUGUCGUGUUUCUGGAGGACCAUACCAUCCCCACUAUCGUCAAGACGAAACUCAAUAACCCUUCAUCGCUGAUGGUGUCAGCCAAUGUUGUGAAUGAGGCUGCUCUCGCGUCCCUCCACAGCCAUCCUGGGGUCGCCCUUCCUUAUCUCCCAGAGUUGCACCGCACAGAGCCACCGUCCCAGGCUAACUCGCAGUUGAGCCAAGAUUGGCGGGCAUCGAGCCUGCCACUCUGGCAAGGGUCUCCGAGUUUCCGAGUUGGAAAGGAAUUCACGCCGCCUUUCGAGGGCCACCGGUGGCUGCUCCCGACCGCCGCAGGUUCGGACCUAGGCCCCAUCGCGGAGUCGGUGUAUACCGACACUGGUCCGUCCCUAUCGGAUUGGACUGUUGCUGCGCAGCAACACUACUCAUUUCUAUACCACCUGGAAGCCGGCGACCUGGGACACUACAAGUUCCCUCUCUGGAUAGACCCUACGGAGCCCACGAGCGAGCACUUUGGAUGUUUCUGGGGAAAUGACGCGCAAGCCCUCGGCAACAUUUUCCAGCACGGCGACUCGAGUCCAGAUGAAUUACUGCAGUCGUGGACAACGCCAGACGACACGCACCCACAUGUUGUCAUCGACGGCAAGGGCCUCGUGUCGCAUUAUUCCGCCCGCCAGGGGGCUUCUGGUCUGGACUCGACCGAUCUGCUGAAUCGGUACCGAGCGUAUGCGCAGGAGAAGGUGUGCCUGCAAAAACCGUGA